AUGGCGGAUGAAUUCCGAUAUUGGUUGAUUUCUUCCCGUUGGCUUAUCCAAUGGAGCUCUGAUUGGUCACGGUCAACUUUGUGUGACGUCAUCUCUCGAUGGGCCUUGAUGGGAAGGUCUGACAAUAGUCAAGUAAAUGGUGACCAGAUGUUACCACCACCGUUGAGAAAAAGUGUGAUCCCACCCUCGCCAAAGCCCUCGGCGACCAGAAAACCUUCCAUCUCUCGACAAUCUAUCCCUGCCGACUUUUCAGCUUCUCCAACGACUCGAAGCCGUCUUUACAACCCUCAAGCUUCCUUUGGAUCACCAAGCGGCCCAGGCCGUCAGGCCAGUGGCCGCUCCGCUGUCAGGAGAGGUACUGAAGAGGGUUUCCCGCCGGAUAUCUUUGAUGAUCAUGGAUUGUUCAAGGAUCAGGAGAUCAAGAAGGGACCGAGAAAGAGGCCUCUUUUCGGGAACCCUGACCGAAAAAGUAAAAGACGGCUCGAAGAAAAUAAUAGCGAAACGGCAGAAAAGGAAUCAUCUCAUCACCAUGCAGAGGAAGAUGCGCCAGCAAGCCGACGAUUCUCAGUCCUCUCUCCUGGUCGAUUGUCUCCCAAAUCUUCCAAGAAACGGGGCGAUCCCCCCAGUUUUGGGAGAAACUGGCCCAUGGCUGAAAAGGUGUAUAAAGAGCCCAAGCUUGUCGAGUCGAAGGGUAGCCCGGUAUUCGGCCAUGGCGAAGAGCCGAGCUUAGGAUACAAUUGGUCCGAAGGUCAAAGGAUCGACCGAUUGACCACUUCGAAUGAUAUUCAAGAAGGUUCUAGCGAGGGCAUUCGCUCGUCGCCGUUUUACGAGCAAAUCGAGGACACUGAACGGACGAUUCUUGGUCCCUCAUCCUCUCCAGAAGUGGAAAAAGAUAAGGGAAUGAUAGCCGGUCUGACUGACUUGGAUGAAAGCUUGAAGCUUAUGCCCGAUCCGGGGGAAUAUCGACCAGGGGCUUAUAACUCAUUGACCGAUGAACAGUGGCACGCCGCCGGUCAAAAAUUGAUCGAAAAAUUUGGCGAAAAUGCACAAAGAAUCCAGAGGAUAAUUAGCGCACGGGCCGAACGAAUGGUCGGCUAUACCACUAUGAUUUCCGAAUAUCACAACUUGCUCAGACAACGUCGAGCGGAAUUGAAAGACGAACGGAAUUCAAUUCAAGAAGGAGUUCGCGGAUCGAUUGCGGGCUACCGCAAGCCACACAAGAUAUGA